AGGGGGGUUGUGGUGGUGGUGGAGGUUUAGUGGGAGGUAGCAGGCCAGAUGAGGUUGGAUUACACACUUCACUUGCUUUUUCUUUCUAUAGUAACAACCAGACUGUACGCUGGAAUUUGACUUGCUGUGGUUGUGAUUCGGUGCAAUGAAGGAUACAGCCGACACAAGCCAUGCUAAUGGGAUCAGUUGUGAAGAAGACGAGCAGAAGAUCCAGGAAAGAGGUCAAUGGAGCAACAAGCUGGAAUUUGUGCUAUCUGUAGCUGGGUCCAUCAUUGGCCUAGGUAACAUGUGGCGAUUCCCAUACUUGUGCUACAAGAAUGGAGGAGGUGCCUUUCUCAUCCCAUACCUGAUCUUCCUGUUCACUUGUGGGAUCCCUGUGUUCGUCUUGGAGACAGCUUUAGGCCAGUACACUAGCGAAGGAGGUGUCACUUGCUGGAGAAAGAUCAGCCCUCUCUUUGAAGGUCUAGGCUAUGGCACACAAGUCAUUGUAUCAUUACUGAAUUUCUACUAUAUCAUUGUUCUGGCAUGGGGCAUUUUUUACUUCUACCACUCAUUUUCCUGGGAGCUGCCCUGGUCCUCAUGUCAAAAUGUUUGGAACCUAGGUGAGACAACUAAACUGACACUGCCAAACUUAUUCAUCUUUCUAGUAUACAUAAUUGUAAUGCAGGGCAUGUUGGGUAAUCGGUUGUUGUGCUUUGUUUGUUUGGAAGACACUUGUGUGGAGUUCCAUAAGAGGAAUGAUUCGGUCAACUUCACAGUGCCUGCUAAUGCCACGUCUCCUGUCAUUGAAUUUUGGGAGAGAAGAGUGUUGAGACUCUCAUCGGGUAUCGACCACAUGGGCUCCCUAAAUUGGGAUCUGGCCUUGUGUCUGCUCAUAGCCUGGAUCCUCUGCUACUUCUGCAUCUGGAAAGGAGUGAAAUCUACUGGAAAGGUAGUUUAUUUCACUGCUACCUUCCCCUAUGUCAUGCUCCUGGUGCUCCUCAUUCGAGGUCUCACCUUGCCCGGGGCCAGCAGAGGCAUCCAGUUUUAUCUGUACCCUGACCUCGGACGAUUAGCUGAUCCACAGGUAUGGAUGGAUGCAGGAACACAAAUUUUCUUCUCAUAUGCCCUGUGCCUGGGGUGUCUAACAGCUCUAGGGAGCUACAACAAGUACAACAACAACUGCUACAGGGACUGCUUGGCUCUAUGCUUUUUAAAUAGCGGGACAAGCUUUGUGGCUGGAUUUGCCAUCUUCUCCAUCCUUGGAUUCAUGUCAUAUGAGCAGAAUGUGCCGAUUUCAGAAGUGGCUGUAUCAGGCCCUGGUCUUGCCUUCAUCGCAUACCCCCGUGCUGUAACAUUGAUGCCCUUCUCUCCUCUGUGGGCCUGUUGUUUCUUUAUCAUGAUUAUUUUCCUCGGACUGGACAGCCAGUUUGUUUGUGUCGAGAGCCUGGUCACAGCCAUAGUGGACAUGUAUCCCACUGUGUUUCGGCGUAAGAACCGCAGGGAACUCUUCUUGUUCAUGGUGUGCAUCGUGUCCUUUCUCGUGGGGCUUAUCAUGCUGAUGGAAGGUGGGAUGUACGUCUUCCAGCUCUUCGACUACUAUGCAGCCUCGGGAAUGUGUCUGCUCUUCAUGUCCAUAUUUGAGACUGUUUGCAUUGCAUGGAUUUAUGGUGCAGAUCGCUUCUAUGAUAAUAUGGAGGAUAUGAUUGGCUACCGCCCAGGCCCUCUAAUUAAGUAUUGCUGGAUGUUUUUCACCCCAGUCACCUGCAUAGGCACUUUUGCUUUUUCCCUCAUCAAAUACACGCCUCUUAAAUACAACAAUCAUUAUGAAUAUCCUUGGUGGGGUUAUGCAGUAGGCUGGCUCCUGGCGUUGUCCUCAAUGCUCUGCAUUCCUGCAUGGAUGAUCUACAAAAUUGCCAACACAAAAGGAACUCUAAAGGAGCGCAUACAGAUCCUCAUCAGGCCAUCUUCUGAAUUACCCAGAACCAAGAAGGAACAGGAGAGCUUGCUUGCUGUGUUCAGUUUGGCAGAAGCAGCUUCACCUAAUAAAGACGGCUCUCCACCAGGGCAUCAGAUGGACACAAAGUUUUAGAACUUUAUUUCACAGCCAUAAAUCUGAUAGUUGAUCAUCAGCAUACUUCAGAUAUGCCAGCCAUAAGAGUGAAAUCAAGUGAGAAAGAGAGGUUUUAUAUUAAUAGACUCACCAUUCAUGCUGGUGCUCCCCUUCUUUACUUAGAAGGACUGAAACAAUUCUCUUAUUGAGCAAAGUACUGAGGGUACUCAGAUACUGAGCAUUAUUACAUUUCAUACAAGUGCUGUGCACAAUAUACCAAUUCACAUGACUGUUGAAAAGCCUGUGCACAUUUUAAUGCCCUAGGCUUUUUUUUCUUACAGUAGUAUUACAGUAGUGAAUACUAAAAUGUCUGUUAUUUACUAUUCAUUAAUUUUGUUUGUCAUCUGUAGCAUUGUUUAACCCCUGAAUGUACUGUUCACUGAGUGUUUUUGUUGUUCAUUUUCUAUACGCUUGUACCUUUGGAAUCAAAAUAUAAGUGUGAAUUUAU